CUAAAGGAUUGGUUACAAGAUAGACCACCAAACAGAGAUAUACCAUCUGAAGAAGGAACAUUAAAUGGACUUGCUUCUCCAUUUAAGCCAGUUAUGGAUACAAAUUACUAUUACUCAGCUGUGGAAAGAAAUAACUUGAUGAGGUUAUCCCAGAGCAUUCCAUUCACACCAGUGCCUCCAAGAGGUGAGCCUGUGACAGUGUAUCGCUUGGAAGAGAGUUCGCCCACCAUACUGAAUAACAGCAUGUCGUCUUGGUCACAGUUAGGGCUUUGUGCCAAAAUAGAGUUUUUAAGUAAAGAGGAGAUGGGAGGAGGUUUACGAAGAGCUGUCAAAGUACAGUGUACCUGGUCAGAACACGAUAUCCUCAAAUCAGGCCAUCUUUAUAUUAUCAAAUCUUUCCUUCCUGAGGUGGUUAACACAUGGUCAAGUAUUUAUAAAGAAGAUACAGUUCUGCAUCUCUGUCUCAGAGAAAUUCAACAGCAGAGAGCAGCACAAAAGCUCACAUUUGCCUUCAACCAAAUGAAACCCAAAUCCAUACCAUAUUCUCCAAGGUUCCUUGAAGUUUUCCUGCUGUAUUGCCAUUCAGCUGGUCAGUGGUUUGCUGUGGAAGAAUGUAUGACUGGAGAAUUUAGAAAAUACAACAAUAAUAAUGGUGAUGAGAUUAUUCCAACUAAUACACUGGAAGAGAUCAUGCUAGCCUUUAGUCACUGGACUUAUGAAUAUACAAGAGGGGAGUUACUGGUACUUGAUUUACAAGGCGUGGGUGAAAAUUUGACUGACCCAUCUGUGAUAAAAGCAGAAGAGAAGAGGUCCUGUGAUAUGGUUUUUGGCCCAGCAAAUCUAGGAGAAGAUGCAAUAAAAAACUUUAGAGCAAAACAUCAUUGUAAUUCUUGUUGUCGAAAACUUAAACUUCCAGAUCUGAAGAGGAAUGACUAUACACCUGAUAAGAUGAUAUUUCCCCAGGAUGAGCCUUCAGAAUUGACUCUUCAGUCUGGAAGUUCCACCAAAGAAUCAGAAUCCACUAAUUCUAUACGUCUAAUGUUGUAAUGUUACUGAGUCAUUGGUUUUGCCUACACCUCACCAAAAUGUUAGUGUCACUUUUCCUUCAGGAGGAAGAGUUUGGUAAUAUGGAAAGUGUGUGCAGUUUGAAUAUGAUGAAUCUAGUGCGGUUUAAAGGUCAGUAUUCUACUGACCUGGUUAAGCUAAUCAGUCAGG